GACAUAGAAAGAAAUACAGAGAAAAAGAAAGCUUGAGGGCUCAAAGCUUUGAAAAUGCCGAUCAACAGAAUUGCAGUUGGGUCACCCAGUGAGGCUUCUCAGCCGGAUGCUCUCAGAGCAGCUCUUGCAGAGUUCAUCUCUGUGCUUAUCUUCGUCUUCGCCGGAGAAGGAUCCGGCAUGGCUUUCAAUAAGCUUACUAGUGAUGGAUCAACAACGCCGGCCGGCCUUGUUGCGGCUGCUUUGGCUCAUGCCUUUGCACUGUUUGUGGCAGUGUCUGUGGGAGCUAACAUUUCAGGUGGACAUGUUAACCCGGCUGUGACCUUUGGAGCUUUUGUUGGUGGACAUAUUACACUGUUGAGGGGGAUUUUGUAUUGGGUUGCACAGUUGCUUGGAUCAACCGUCGCUUGCUUGCUUCUUAAGUUCGCCACCGGUGGAUUGACGACCUCAGCAUUCUCUCUAUCAACUGAUGUGACAGUAUGGAAUGCUCUUGUGUUCGAGAUAGUGAUGACAUUUGGGCUGGUCUACACAGUAUAUGCAACUGCCGUUGAUCCUAAGAAGGGCAACCUGGGUACCAUUGCUCCCAUUGCUAUUGGUUUCAUUGUGGGUGCCAAUAUCUUAGCUGGUGGAGCCUUUGAUGGUGCAUCAAUGAACCCAGCCGUCUCCUUUGGACCUGCUGUGGUUAGCUGGACAUGGACCAGUCACUGGGUCUACUGGGCUGGCCCACUAAUUGGUGCUACAAUUGCUGCCCUUGUCUAUGACCACAUCUUCAUUGGUAGCAACACUCAUGAGCAACUCCCCACCACAGAUUAUUAGGAAUUUGUGAUUUAGUUCUCUGUAUCUCUCUCUAGGCACCUCUCUCCCUAUGAUUAGUGGGGGCAGAGGAUGAGUGCAGUGGUUCAAUUGUUGGGUUGGGCUGGGAUUGUGGAAUUAAGUUUCUUUUCUUUUCUCCAGUGUUGUGGUUGUCAAGGUCUGCUUUUAUGUUUGUACUCCUUUCCAUUUUAGGGUUGGCAACAGUUCAUUGUUACUGUAAAA